UUUAAAUUCGGCCCAAUUACAAGACAAGAGUAGUAGACAAUUGCUCAAGCAACGAGGAUAGUGUGAGCGCACGAGUUGACUCAGCGAAAACUUUUGUGAGAGAGAGAGAGAGUGUGUGGAAAUGCAUUCGUUCGGGUUCAGAGCCAACGCGUUGCUAACCUUCGCCGUCACCAUCAUGGCGCUAAUGUGCGCCAUCGCCUCAUUCUCCGACAACUUCAACUCUCCCUCUCCCACAGCCCAAGUCGAGGUAUUGAAUAUCAAUUGGUUCCAAAAAAAGCCUGAUGGAGAUGACGAGGUGAGUUUGACACUUAAUAUAUCGGCAGACUUGCAGUCACUGUUUACAUGGAAUACCAAACAGGUUUUUGUGUUUUUGGCAGCUGAAUAUGAAACCCCAAAGAAUGCCCUAAAUCAGGUCUCCUUGUGGGAUGGUAUAAUACCUGCUAAAGAGCAUGCAAAAUUUUGGAUCCACACCAAAAAUAAGUAUCGAUUCAUUGAUCAAGGAAGCAAUCUCCGCGGUAAAAAUUUCAACCUUACACUGCAUUGGCAUGUUAUGCCAAAGACGGGCAAAAUGUUUGCUGACAAACUUGUUAUGACUGGCUACCUCUUGCCCGAGACAUACAGAUGAGGCUAACGUUUUCAUAUGGUUGAAUUUGAUGUAAUAUUUAGCCUUAACUUUGUGGAAGGGGAAGAAACACUGAGACAAUAGAAGAUUGGAAAAGGUUAAAUUUUGGACAAAUGUAACGGAUAUUCAUUGGAUAUCAAAUUAUGAAAAUUUAGACGUUGCAGUUUGGCCUGA